AUGGCCAAGCCGGCUCCGCAAAAGAAAGGCGCAGCUGCCGCUGCGCCUGCUGCCACGUCAGCAGCAGCGAGUGAAGCGGCAGCCAACCAGCAGCUGGCCGUUGAUCUGAUGCAGAAAUGGGAGCGGCGAAACGAUCCUGUCGAUAUCGACGACUCGGAGCAGCCGAAAUACGUGCGUAAGGGACCAGCGACCGCGAAGGAGCUAGCCGCGAACAAGAAGCUCUACCAGAAGGUGGCCAACAGCCGCAUGACGCAGUUUCUGCUCAAGUCGGAGGAGCUAGCGCGGCGGCAGCAGGAGGAGGAGAUUCGCCGCCACUCCGCGCCGCUGCACGCGGAGGACAAGGGGCUCUGGAAGAAGAUGCCGCUCAUUCCCGCCCCCUUUGGCACGGGCAAGCUGGUGCGUCUAGGCCUGGCGGGCAACAAGGAGAAGGCGGGCAACGUGUUUCUCGACUUCUUCAAGACCUUCCACUUCGGCCUGUGGGGCUACCAGCAGCGCCCCUACCCCGCUGAGAAGCCCUUUGACAUCCAGCAGGUCGUCGGCACCAAGUUCCUCGAGAAGAGAUACCUCGACUUCACCCUGCGUGGCAGCACGUGGUACUACAAGGACCGCCUGGGGCGCACGCGAGGGCCCUGCGAGGUGAUCAACCUGCGCACAGCGUGGGCUGCGGGAAUCAUUGAUGGCAACACCUUUGUUUGGGGCGAUGACAUGGACGAGUUUGCUCCCAUUGAUGCCGUGUAUGGGCUGAAGCAGGCCAUUGACACACCCGAUGUUCGCCUGGCCACAGCAGGAACGGCCAUGCUGCACCGCAUCGGGAGGGGCAUGAACCCCCUCAAGGUCAAGAAGGGCUUCGAAGGGGCCAAGCGGUCGCUGGAGGAGCGCCAGGCAGAGGCACUGGCGGACAAGGAGAGGGAGCGUGCUGCCUUGAAGAACCACGGGGGAGCGUGGCCGGGCAACCAGGCCCCCUCACAUGCGCUCUUCCUGUGGGCCAGUGGGAGCGAGCUCACUAAGGUUCUUGACCAGAAGCCCAAGAAGUUUCCCAGCAAGUUCAUCUCGUACGAGCAGAGGAAGAAGCUGGCGCAGCGCAUCCCAGGGCUGCGCCCAUGGGAGGUGUUGGAGGUGGAGCAGCUCUUCAACUUCCUCACCUUCCGCGACGACUUCUGGCGCAGCAAGCUCGGCACCUUUGCCACGCCGCCCGAGAAUUCCGAGGCUUACGAUGAGGAGAUGAUGGAGGAAUGGGGAGAGAUCAAGGACGCGCUGUCAGGGGCGUUUCCAGAGCUGGCCAGGAGUGUUCAACAUUUUCCCAGCAUCAUGAGGCCGUUCGCUCGUUCCGCGUCUGCAUGCUUGUCCGUUCUGCUGUGUUGCCUAGCAAUUUCCAUAGCAUUCGCCGACGAUGCGCAAGUAGAAACCGGAUUCAUUCUCUGCGAGGACUUCGGCGAGCACGCAGCUUCAGCCGCUGCUGCUCACAAUAUCUCCGUCUGCGCCUUCGUCCUGCAAGGCGAACCCGUCGACCUGGACCUCACCCCCUCUGCGACCACCAGCACCCCUGCGAUCGUCGGCGAUGAGUUUUUGCUUCGGCGAAACUUGAUGGGCGGCGGCGCGACGCCUGUUGCCAUCCAGUUGGCACAAUCGCUGCAGGGGAAUGUGGGAACGGUCCGAGCUCAGGCGACGAAUGGGGCGGGUUGGGUGGUCCUCGGCUCCAUUCUCACUCAGUCGCUACUGAUCAGCAAGAGCAUGGUCUGGGCGAUCAAGGAUCUGGUCGAUAUGUACCGCACGCGCCCGCGGUCCACGCAGCAGCUUCAGGACGCGACUCGCAACGUGAAUCGCGCCUAUUCCAACCAGCAGACGCUGCUGAUGGUUCUCAAUAGAAACCCUCAAACCCAGCAAUCCGAGCAGCUCUCGUCCAUACGCGAUGAAGUCGCAUCCAUGACCCCCAAGUUCAACCAGCUGCUCUCGCUGCUCGCCACGUGGCGCCAGCAGCAGCUUCACGCGAUAACUCGCCUGCACUUCGCUGCGGAACCUGCCAGCCUCGCCGUCACCCAGGCCGCGCCAGCCGCGCCGGCAAAAGGAAAGGGCGGAUCGAGUAUUGUGGUGACCCUUGAUGACGACGACGACGACAAGAAGGACAAGAAGAAGAAGGACAAGAAAUCGCCGCCGAAAAAGAGCCCGCCCAAAAGCUCGUCGGGUUCGAAUUCGGGGGGCAAGGGUUCGAAAUCGGGCAAGAAGGCCAAGGUUGGGGCGACUCAGGCGAUCAACGUGGUCGUAGCGGCAGAUGGCAGCGGAGAUUACAAGUCGAUUCAGGCCGCUGUGGACGCGGCUGGACCGGGCUCGACGAUUCGCAUCAAGGCGGGAGUGUAUAAGGAGCAGAUCCAGGUCAGCACGGAUCGCAUCACUAUGAUUGGAGCUGGGAUGGAUCAGACGGUUAUUGUGUACGACGCCAGCCAGAAGGGGGGUUACGAUAUCAUCACCUCGGCCACAGUGGGAGUCAACGCGGAUCAUUUCGUCGCGAUGAGCAUGACGAUUCGAAAUUCUGCUGGCCUGGAGGGUCAGCAGGCCGUGGCGCUCCGUGUGGACAGCGACCAAGCCGCGUUUUACCAGCUCCGGAUUUCGGGAUUCCAAGACACCCUAUUCGCCAGCACGGGUCGCCAAUACUACACGGGUUGUUUUAUCGACGGAGCUGUGGACUUCGUGUUCGGCGACGCGGCUGUUGUGAUUCGUAAUUCGCAAUUGAAGGUUCAAUCGUCGCCGUACGACACGACGAUCACAGCGUCGGGUCGCAUGAGCAAAACUUCCAACACCGGGAUUGUCAUCAUGGACUCCCGCGUUGUGUCGUUCUCGCCGCGCGUGUUCCUCGGGCGACCGUGGAAGACCUACGCCACGUCGGUGUAUAUCAACACGUGGCUCCCGAAUAAAAUUGUUCCUGACGGCUGGAUGACGUGGGCCGGCGAGACGUACGGCGGAAAGCCCUUCCUCGCGGAGGUCAACAGCAAGGGCGCCGGCGCCAAGCCAUCGCGCGUCAAGUGGGCCAAGCCGGGCGUUACGUCACCUGGUGACGUCAGCCAGUACAACCCCAACAGCUUCAUCCAGCUGCAGUCGUGGAUCGGCGCUACCAAGAUUCCCGUAUAA